AUGGGGCGCGCGGCAGCCGGGCGGCCAGCGGGGCGAUGCAGAGCGCGGUGUUCGUUUCGCUGCCGCAGGACGGCGGGCGGAUGGAGCGGGGCAGCCGGCGGCGCGCGGAGCUGGACGAGGCGGACAAGGGCAGGAUGAUGAAGCGCACCAUCAUUAAAGACUGGAAGAAGAAGCUGAGUUAUUUCCUGCAGAACUCUUCCCGUUCUAGCAAAAUGAAGUCCAAUAAAGCGAGCAAACACCACACGUACUUCAGACCUUCCCCCGAGGAAGCCCGGCUGUGGUCAGAAGCCUUCGAUGAACUGCUGGCUAACAAAUAUGGUGUUGCUGCUUUCCGAGCUUUUCUGAAGUCUGAGUUCUGUGAAGAGAACAUCGAGUUCUGGCUGGCAUGUGAGGACUUCAAGAAAACCAAAUCCCCUCAGAAGCUGACACUGAAAGCAAAGAAGAUCUACAAUGACUUCAUUGAAAAGGAGGCUCCCAAGGAGAUAAACAUUGACUUCCAGACCAAGAACAUGAUAGCACAGAACCUCCAGGAAGCCACACACACCUGCUUCAGUGCUGCACAGAAAAGAGUUUACAGCCUCAUGGAGAACAAUUCAUACCCACGGUUUCUGGAAUCGGAGUUCUAUCAGGAGCUGUGCAAGAAGCCUCCCAUCACCAGAGCUGCCCAGGGGACAUGAGUGCAGAGCAAGGAGAUGCCUCUCAGCUACCAAGGAACCGAGCUGGCUUGGCAGCAACCUGACCUGAGAGACUGAGAUGGGAGCACUCAGUUGGUUUGCCACAGCUUAAGGACUGAUACUGACUUGGUGCAAAGCUGGUGGCAAAGGACACUGUUGGAAGGCAUUUGUGGCUGGCAGGAGUGCACCAGGCUGGUGAUGCUCUUCUUGGAGUGCUGCAGUAAAGGUGCCUCUAUGCAUCAAACUGAGCUGUGCCAUGUGACACACUCCUUGUCACAGCCGUGGUGUUGUACAGCAGGUCAGCACAGAGCUGCCCUUCUGCAAGCAGAAGCACAAGUCUGUGCAGUUGAGCAGUGCUGGGAACAUGAGUCAUGUAUAGAUUCUGGGUUUUUUCCUGAACAUCAACCAGUACUGCUGUCAUCAGUUCCUUGGUGUUUCAACACCAUUUGUUUAAGCUGACAUGGGCUGCAAAGAGAUAUACUGGGUUUGUGUGGUUUGCAGGCACUGCUUCCAUCCUCACUGCUGUGCAAGGAGGGGACAGGCAGUUCUGCUCCAGGAGGAAUGGGCUGUGCAGCUCAGCCUGCAGGGCUGGGCAGGGCAGCAGGGCUGCACAAGGCUGGGCAGAGGGCAAAGCCCAGCCAUGGUGAACAGGAUCUAUACAGUAUUAUAUUUAUAUAUGGAUUAUGAUUGUGUUGAAUACUGCAAUAUGUCAUAAUUCUGUUUGAGAUAGCAAGCUUCAGUGAAGUCUUACUGUUUUUAAUAAACUAUUUUGAUACAAAGCUGUGUUUGUUGC